AACCCAGACUGCAUAGCAGGUAAGGCUCAGUUCAGGCUACUCCGCUACGUAACCUCGUUUAAAAUGAUUUUGACGAUUUUAAUUAGUGUAACGAUAAUUCUGUUGUAUCUCAAAAUGCGGCGGACUUAUAAAUAUUGGAAAAAUCUGAAUGUGAUCUACUUGCGCCCUUGGCCGCUGUUUGGAUAUAUGGCACCUAGUGUACUUCGCUUGAAGGCGUUCCCGUUGAUUCUGCAGAAGGUCUACAACGUAUUUCCAGAACAGAGAUACUUUGGAGCUUUCCAAUUCGGCACACCGGUUCUGUUCAUAAGAUGUCCAAAGAUGAUCAAAAAAAUUUUGGGAGAUGAUUUCGAAACGUUCCCAGAUCGCCGGUCAAUAAUGGACGCCGACCUGGACCCAAUAUGGGCUAAAAACUUACACGCUAUGCCAGGCGGGGAUCAGUGGCGCAAUAAGAGGUCGACCCUCAGCUUAGGAUUCGGCGACGAAAAUUUGGAAAAGACGUUCGAGUCGAUGAAGACGUGCGCGAAAAAUUUGGCCUACUUUUUUCUGGAGCGAAACAGCGAGUCGGUUGAACUCGUAGACGCUACGAGCAAAUUUGCGAACGACGUUAUAGCGUCCGCGGUUUUUGGCGUUGCUUGCGAUUCCUUACAGAAUCGCCGCAACGAGUUCUAUUCAAUGUCGAAGCAUAUUACCGAAUUUAAUCUACUGAGGUUAUUCAAAUUAUUUGGCUACUCAGUAAGCCCAAGGCUAAUGAAGUUUUUUAGAUUUAAAAUUAUCGAAGAGCGCACCAGCCGAUUUUACAGUGGGAUCGUUCAGGACAGGUGUUCAAAGGAGGACAACCAUUUAGUUAGCUUCUUCGCGAACAAUGGAAUCGGAAACGACAACAAAGAUCACCUGGACGAAGCAAUUGCGCAAGGAAUUCAUUUCUUCGUGUCGGGUUACGAAACUGUAUCUAUCGGUCUCAGCUUUGUGUUAUACGAACUAGCAAUCAACAACGACAUCCAAUUAAAGCUACGCAAAGAAGUAGACAGCCUCAUGGAAGCGUGCAAGGAUGUUUCCUACGCUCAUGUGCUCCACUUGGACUAUCUAGACAUGGUAGUCUCAGAGAGUCUCCGCAAGUGGCCCCCGACCGUAUUAAUCGAUCGAAAGUCUGUCAGAUCGUUCACAAUCGACGCUGAGCAAAUAUGGGACACUACGACAACGUUCAAAGAAAAUACACUGUGCUUAAUACCGAUAUUUGCGAUUCACAGGGAUAAGAAGUAUUAUCCAAACCCGGACGAGUUUGUCCCUGAAAGGUUUAGUUCCACAAAUCGGGACAAUAUUGUUCCAAAUACCUACAUGCCCUUUGGUUUCGGUCCGAGGAAUUGUAUAGGUUCUCAGUUUGCGUUGCUCGAAAUUAAAACCGCCGUCCUUUACUUGGUGCACGAAUUUGAAAUUGUGUGCACUCCAAAAACUAAGCACCCUGUCAAACUGAGCCGGACUGGAUUUCAGCUGUCACCUGCGGGUGGUCUUUGGGUAGGGCUGAAAGCUCGAAGAACGCCCGAAACGCUGUAAUAAUGAUAAUGUUAAUAGAUAAACGUGUAGUGUAAUUUUGUAUGUAUGAAGAAUGAAUUCAUUAGAGUGUGUUGGUGUUGAA